GUUGAACCAAACAUCGAGUAGACCGUCCUUCACCUGGAAGUUACGAAGUGACAGACAAUACACAAAAAUCUAGAAAAAGAGGGACAAGGAAAAAGAUGUCAUAUUUUCGUUUCCCCUGUUCUUUAGGGGACUCGGAUAUGUUAGACUACCACAAGGAUGAUCACGAUGCUUUGACAGAAAGAUUUAGAAAGACUUUGUAUUAUGGAAAGAUGCCGAACACAGAAAGACCCUCGCUACCUCUAACAGAUAUUGCUGUGGAACUAUUCCAAGAAAGAGCUCCUCGUAAACUUGGAAAAAUUGACCAGUAUAUGGUGGCUGCUGCAAGCAGAGAGAACUGUAUAUCUCCUUGUACAAUGAUGAUGGGUAUGAUAUAUAGUAACAGACUUCGGACAAAGAAUCCAGAAUAUCUACAACAAAUUUCCUCCUCUGACCUCUUUCUGAUUUCCAUGAUGAUGGCUUCCAAGUUUAUGUAUGAUGAAGGUGUUGACGAAGAAGUCUUUAACGAUGAAUGGGCGGAUUCGGUUGACAUGGAAACAGAGGAAAUAAAUCAAAUGGAACGAGACUUUCUAUCGGCCAUUGACUGGAAUUUAUUUGUAAGCGACAAAGAAUUCAGCAAGGUGCUUCAUAACAUUGAAACAAGAAUAGCAUUACAAAACGGACUAAACAGGGGAUGGUUUACUUAUACAGAUUUAAUGGUGCUCUCACAUAAUGCCAAAGUCCUGGCGAUUAGUCAGGAAAUUUCCAAGGUCAUACUGGUUUCCUCUUUGACUUACCUGACUGGUAUCCUGACUAUGAUUGGUUCUACAGUGUUGGUAACCGCUGCUUCAGCAACUUUAGGUCCCAUCAUCCUACAGUCACAAGGCAGGUUAGCUCCCCUUCCUAUCACAGGUGUGCUUCCUGUUAGAGAUGAUAUCACUGAUGAGAAUGUGACACAGGAAGAACACUUGCCAGUUGACCAAAAACCAAGCUUGACCAAGGAAUCCAUUGAUUACAUGUUGGCAGAGUUGAUGACUGUUGUGUCGCUACCCACAACUUUUGUCAAGUUCUGGUACUCGGCCAUGGAUCAAAUUAAAUCGGGAACAGUAUCUUCAAGUGCAAAGGAAAAACAAAAACAGAAUUUCAUUUGUUCAAAUGGACCUUGUCUUCCGUCUGCUAGACCUAAUUGUAAGAAUGUAACUGACGAUUCACAAGAAUGGGAUGUAUGGGACCUUUGUUCGGAGUGCCAGUCAUGUCAGAAAAAUUCGCGGCAGAAACUACAACACGGAAAACAAACACAGGGUGCUAUGAAUGACCAGAUGUUAGGACUUAGAAUGUGCAAGAGCCAGAAAUUUGAUUGUGCUGUUAAAUGCUGUUGUGAACAGGGAAGCAGUUGGACGUUAACUGAUACUCUUUCUAGUACUAUGUUUCCAGAUGUACCAGGCUUUAAUACUGGUUUACAUUUUCCUAUCUAUGUAACAACUUAACAGUGUAAAUGGCAGUAAAUUUUGUCCACCACCAUUAAAAAUUUGUUAAUUGUCAGUUAUAGUCAGUCUGAUUGAAUACUUACUGAGACCAGUAAAUUAAACAAAUCAAAUAUUGGCAAAGAUCUCAACUCGCAAAAUUUUAGUUGGCCAGAGCCUGUUGACAAUAUCUGUUACAUCAAUUUUCAUUUUUGUUUGAUUUAAUGUGCAUCAUAAGUGAAAUUUUAAAAAAUUCAGGAUUAACUGAAGUUGUGAAAAAUUUACAUUUGAAAAUAAUAAUGAUUGAAAUAUCACAAGUUUUGAUUUUAAAAAUUUACAAAAAUGGGGUAGUGCAAAAUUUACUGCCUUUAGUGAGAACUGAACAAGCAUGAUGAUUAACUUAAUAUAGUUGCAUAUCAACAAUUAUUUUUAGGGAAAAUAUUAUAAAUAUAUCAAUUCUAAUAAUUUAUAAUUAAACAAGUCAGAUACUGAUAUUAUUAUUAUACUCCUACUCCUAGGUAUAUAUUGCAAGCACAUUGUCGGUCUGUUCUUCCAAAAAAUAUUUUCGUCACAUAUUUCUCCAUUUGGACAGAUCUAGAAUGAUUUCAUAUUUGGUCAAAAACUUAAUGAGGAUGAGUUGUAAUGUGUGUGUGUGCUUCAAGGAUAUGUCUGACAGCUACAUCGUGUUUUCUUAUACUUUGAAUCUAUAUAAGUAAGGGUAUGCCUUAGCGUGAGAACCCACGCAGUCAUGUUUUGGAACUAAAUUAAUGAUUACUAUCCUGUAUCCAAAGACUUUUAACAGACAGAGAUUGAAAUGGAUUGGAAUAAAAUAUAUACCUUUCUCCAAAAUAGUUCAACUAAAAUGUUAUCUAUAUUGAUGAGAAAAUAUUUUUCUAAAUAUUUAAGUAGACAUUCACAAUUAUAUUUCUGUAAAUGUUUUUGUUCUAAAGUCCCAUUUUCUUUUUUCAUUUUCAUAGAAACCAACAGAAUAAAGUAUAAAGUUUUAUUAAAAUUUAACCAUGGGAUUUAAACUAAAAAAUCUUAAAGCCAAAACUGAAGACAAUUUAGAGAGCAGUGUUAAUAAGAGGCUUUAAUUUCACAUUGGUUAUAAAAUUUCCAUUGCCUUAUAAAGAGUUAUAUCCCUUGAGUAUUAUAUGUCCACCUUAAACCUCCAGUCUAUAUAAGAUAUUAUACAUGUAUAUUUAGAUUACAAUAGUAAAACCAAAGACCACCUCAAUGUGAGUUUGACACAAGAUUUUCAAUUUGAAGAAAAAAACUUCAAAAUAUAAGUUACACUACAGUUCAGAUGGAUUUUGCUUUUUCCAGAGGGGGGAUUCAAAAGGUGCGUAUGAAAAGGCUUACACCCCCCCUUUUUUUUAUCUUAAAAAAUUUUUUGGUAAAAUUUUCUACCAUUUUUGACAAGUAUGCCCCCUUUGCUCGGGUCCUGGAUCUGGAAGCCAGCUCAUUUCAACUCAAAUCUAACAAAAGUUUUGUCAAAUCAUUGAACACAAUAGCUUAUCUCAUAUUUCCAAGAUAUUUUGCUUUCAAAGAAAAGACAUAAAUGUACCAUGUCCACUCCAAAGUACAGGCACAGAGAAUUGCAUAUUUUCACCAUUUAUGAGGGGAUGAUACGCUUUUGGGAUGUGGGAAAUAGGAGUAAACAGAGUGGGGAUGCGGGAUGUAGGAAGGGGGAGUGGGGAUAUGGAUAUGGGGGUAAAAAAAAAGAAGGAUCUGGGAAAAAAGAAGGAGAAAAAUUUGAAUGCAGAGGGAAAUUUCAAAAAAAGUUCCUAGUUGUCACAAACACACUCCCCCUCCCUCAUUGGUGGAUGGAAAUGACAAAAUCCAUGUGUACUGUAGCUUUAUGUCUGUCAAAUAUUAUUUUCAAUAAUGUCAUGAAGGUUAAAAGGCAGCAAAAAAAGUAACAUUUUUCUUUCGAUUUUAUACUCUAGCUUUCUUAUUCAAUCUUGCAACAUACUGGUACAUGUAUAGUGCAGAUAUCUAGGCCAGGUUUAGAUUGGGGCAAGAAAAUUAAAUACAGAGAGCUUGCACUAUCAAAUAUCACACCCUAUUACUGGCUUUUGAAUGGCAGAUAAAUUGGUAACACAGACAAAAAACUGCUGUAUACCAAAGCCAUAAUUGUUUUUUAAAAUAUCAAUCAGGAAUACAGAUCCUAUAUAUAUAUUGUAUUUGCCGAAAUGCUUGGUUGUAAUAGGGUGUGAAUAUGUCGUUGCAAUCAAAGAAAAUUGUAUUAAGUUACACAUGUAACAGCCUUCAGACUUUGAAUGAAAUAAAAUUUAAAAAAAAUUAA